GUCCACGUUAUCCGUGAACCUUACGUCAGAUUCAAUGCUCUAUUUGAUCCUCUAUUCCCGCCCUUUUCCCGCCAGCUAUGAAAGUCAUCAUAACUGGAGCCUCUGGCGUUCUUGGCUCUGCAGUCCGUGAAGCCUUCAAAUCAACACCCCACCAAGUUUUAGCACUAUCGAACACCCGUACCGGUGAUGGCUUGGUCCCCUUGGACCUAACAAACACCAAAGAAGUCGAGAAGGUAUUCACAGAGUUCAAGCCGAAUUGGGUAAUACACUGUGCUGCUGAACGACGACCUGAUGUUGCAGAAAAGGAUCCUCAAGGUGCUCAAAAGCUUAACGUGAACGUCUCUAGGCACCUUGCUUCUUUAGCGAAAUCCUUGAAAUACACCCUCGUCUACGUAUCAACAGAUUAUGUCUUUGACGGGAACUCGCCGCCAUAUACUCCUUCCGCCAAAACAAAUCCUCUCCAACUUUACGGUAGAACAAAACGUGAUGGGGAGGAAGCUGUUCUUUCCGUGAACGGAGCUAAGGUUAUCGUUUUGCGGGUUCCUGUCUUAUAUGGCCCAGCACCCAAAAACUCCGACAGCGCAGUAAAUAUUCUACUAGAUGUCGUUCAGGACCAAUCAGGAAAACAGUACAAGAUGGAUCAUUACGCCACACGCUACCCCACGAAUGUCGUCGAUAUCGCGAAUUUCCUUGUUCGACUUUCAGAAUUCAAAAAGACCGCCACAGUACCCCCAAUCCUUCACUACUCCGCCGCCGAGCCGUUUACCAAAUACGAAAUGUGUCUCGUCUUCGCGAAAAUUCUCAAUCUCCCGCAUGGACAUAUUGUGCCUGAUCCGGAGGCACCCAAGGGCGAUUCGGCUACGACGAGACCUAGGGAUUGUCAGUUGUACACUAAGGAGACGGAAGAUUUGGGUAUUGAAGGUGGUUUAGGUUUGACGCUUUUCGAGGAGUGGUGGACAGAAUACUUGAAGAAAUGACACUGAGGAAAGAAACCGCGGUGUUGGUAUCGGUGUUUUUAGCUUUGAGAAUUCGGGGGAAUCUUACGGUUUUCGAUGGCAUGUACAUGGGUUAUCGGUAUUAGAAGAAGAAUAU